AUGCACAACCCAUCACUCCGCACCCUCCUCCAGCAGGCCGUCCUCGGCUAUGCGACCCUGUCCCUCGCCCUAGCCGGCACGCCAGACACGGCCGCCUCCGCAGACGAGCUCGUGGCGCGGGAGCUCACGCUGGCUGACGGCACCACGGCAACCAUCCUCGAGCACCCGAGCCUGCUCUACGCGCGCGACGUCCCAGCCCCCCCGAAACAGCAGCAGCGCAACCAGCUCGCCGCGCGGGCGACAUACAGCCCGUGCGGGGGAGGCUUCUGGGACGACCUGUGCGGCGAGGGGCAGCCGCGCGAGAGCUUCGGCGCCGGCACGCCGGUGGCGGCCGACUGCCGGGCCAUCGCGGACGCGUACCCCAGCUGCGGGUACUGGACGGUGAAAUCGGCGGAACUGGUCGCCGCCGGCGCCACCCCGGGCACUAACGGCGCCACGGGCGCCGGCGGCUGGGUCACGCUCGCCCAACACGGCACCUGCCGCUUCCGCGUCCAGCUGCAGACGCGCCCGCUGCAGACGCUGUACUUUGGGACCAACGACUUGCGGUUCUACACGUACAGCUGGGUUGGCGACGAGCAGAACGGGCAUAUUCAGGCUGUUGGCGGUGUUAUUUGUAAUAACAACACCGCAGGCGCGUUUCUCGGCGUCGGGUGGGGGUUGUACCACACGUGA